UAUCCAGAUUUGACCUUUGAGAAAUAUACAUCCCAUGUGACAAACCACUCCCCAUAAGUACGUAUGCUCACAAUCAUAGGAUCCGUGAACAGUGGAAAUUAUUUCACACUUUGCAAGCUAAACAAUUCUAUACUUACAUUGUUCAGAUCCUUAAAGGAUCAAGAACAAGGGUUUCGAGAAGUUUCAUUCAGAUAUGGAAUCAAUGAGCAAUGGAGGAGGAGCAUCACAUCUGUUCAAAUCAGCCACUUGGAUCAAAAUUUCUGGGUUUUUAAUCACUUCUGCCAUUUUUUUCUAUUUGGGAAAGCAUUUUUCAGAUGGGUCUUUGCAGCAACUCGUUUUCUUCAAUUCUCAAAUCUCCAAAACUUCCACUUCUUCUUCCGUUGCCCUCUCCCCGAACCUCAACAAAACUUUUGAUUUGUCUUUAAUCUUAAAUGGUCCCGUUUCGUCUCCUGUUGGUUCCGGGCGAAAUCAACAAGAAGAGGGCCAAAAAAUCUUGAAUUCGGUAUCUCCUCCGCCUCCAGCUCCGGCUCCGCCGCCGCCACCACCGACUGUGCAGAGGAUGGGAGUGGUGGAUGAGAACGGGGUGAUGACGGAGGAUUUUGAAGUGGGGGAGUAUGAUCCGGAGGUGGUGGAGAAUUGGGAGAAGGCAAAUGAGACGGAAGGUUUAGCGAGCGAUGGUAAGGGGGAUAAGAUUAGGGUUAGGGUUACGAAGUUUCCCAUGUGCCCGCAGAGUAUGAGGGAGUACAUACCUUGUUUGGACAAUGAGGAGGCGAUUAAGAAGUUGAUUUCCACAGAAAGGGGAGAGCAAUUCGAGCGGCAUUGUCCUCAGAAGGGGAAGGAAUUGAAGUGCUUGGUCCCCGCUCCCAAAGGAUACAGAACGCCUAUUCCAUGGCCGAAAAGUCGAGAUGAGGUUUGGUUCAGCAAUGUUCCUCAUGCGCGUUUAGCUGAGGAUAAAGGGGGUCAGAAUUGGAUCAUCAUUAACAGGGGGAAGUUCAAGUUUCCUGGAGGUGGCACACAGUUCAUACAUGGGGCAGAUCAGUACUUGGACCAGAUUGAAAAGAUGGUUCCUCAAAUUGCAUUUGGCCGACAUACCCGAGUUGCUUUGGAUGUUGGUUGUGGUGUAGCAAGCUUUGGUGCCUAUCUGUUGUCAAGAAACGUUCUCACCUUGUCUGUUGCUCCAAAAGAUGUUCAUGAGAACCAAAUUCAAUUUGCACUUGAGCGUGGUGUGCCUGCAAUGGUGGCAGCUUUUGCAACAAGGCGAUUAUUGUAUCCAAGUCAAGCAUUUGACUUAAUACACUGUUCAAGGUGUAGAAUUAAUUGGACACGGGAUGAUGGAAUUUUGCUACUUGAGGUCAAUAGGAUGCUCCGUGCAGGAGGAUAUUUUGCUUGGGCUGCACAGCCUGUUUAUAAACAUGAAGCUGUUCUCGAAGAACAAUGGGAAGAGAUGGUUAACCUUACCAAUCGUCUCUGUUGGACACUAGUAAAGAAGGAGGGAUACAUUGCGAUAUGGCAGAAGCCUUUAAAUAACAGCUGCUAUUUGAGCCGUGAGGAAGGAGCCCAGCCACCACUAUGUGAUCCAAAUGAUGAUCCUGACAAUGUUUGGUAUGUUGAUAUGCAGCCAUGUAUUUCACGGUUGCCUGAUGAAGGAUAUGGCUCAAUUGUUACAGCCUGGCCUGCACGUUUGCAGAACCCUCCAGAUAGACUCCAGAGCAUACAAUUUGAUGCUUACCUGUCAAGGAAAGAGCUAUUCCGGGCAGAAUCAAAAUACUGGCAUGAAAUAAUUGGAGGCUAUGUUCGUGUUUUACACUGGAAAAAGUUCAAACUUAGAAACGUGUUGGAUAUGAGAGCUGGCUUUGGAGGAUUUGCAGCAGCACUAAUUGAAAACAAAUUAGAUUGCUGGGUGCUCAAUGUUGUCCCUGUUAGUGGGCCCAAUACUUUACCUGUCAUAUACGACCGUGGACUUAUUGGAGUUAUGCACGAUUGGUGUGAACCAUUCGAUACGUACCCGCGAACCUAUGACUUGCUGCAUGCUGCUGGCCUCUUCUCCAUUGAACGGAAAAGAUGCAAUAUAUCUACUAUCAUGCUUGAAAUGGAUCGGAUCCUAAGACCUGGUGGACGUGUAUAUAUUCGAGAUUCUGUUGCAGUCAUGGAUGAGCUUCAAGAAAUUGGAAUGGCAAUGGGUUGGCACAUCUCAAUGAGAGACACAUCUGAGGGCCCCCACUCCAGUUAUAGGAUCUUAACAUGCGAUAAACGUCUCUUACGGCACUGAACUUGCACAUUCAAUUCGUGUUUGUCUAUUAGUUUUCACUUCUUCUCUUCAGCGCGGGGUAGAGCAGUUUGGUAGCUCGACAUGGCAUAGAUCCAAAUACGAUAGGCAUUUGUAGCAUAAGAAUUGAGAUUCUCUGCAUAUUAUUAGCAAUGUGAAAUAGAAAUAUGUGACACAGUUAGCGUCACAUUUUAAACAACUGUCUUUUUGCCCUCUCUUUAAGUCUCUCCCUCUGGAGGAGGGGGUAUUCGUCCAGUUAGGCAAGUUUAUAAGAAAAUAUAAGCAUAGUUGCAAUUCCUUUAUUGUGCUAAUUCCAGUUCAAGUGUUAUAAAUAAUACACGGCCCCAUCGAA